AGUUAGACGUUGGAUGGGCGGACGUGGACGUAGUCGUUUAUUUAACUUCAGGUGUAAAUUGAAUUUAAAUAAUGGGAGACCAAGUAAAACUGUUCACCCGUGAAGAACUGAAAUCCCGCAACCAGCGUAGCGAUGCCGUCCUCAUCAUCCACAACGCCGUUUAUGAUGUCACUAAGUUCCUAGAGGAGCAUCCGGGAGGCGAGGAAGUGUUACUGGAAAAGGCCGGCCAAGACGCCACGGAACCCUUCGAGGAUGUCAGCCAUAGCUCUGACGCCAGAUCGUUGAUGAAGAAGUAUAAGAUCGGCGAGCUAGUGGAGGCAGAUCGUACGCAGAACAAGGCGGCGUUUGCGCCCGAGUGGAGCAACGACCAGCCCAGCGAGCAGGGCAAUUCGUGGAGCUCGUGGCUGGCGCCGCUGGUGCUGGGCUUGGCCGCCACGCUCCUCUACCGGUACCUGUUCGCGUAGUGACAGACCACGCACACACACACACACACACAUACACACACACGCCCGCGCUCUGCUAAACUGUCAUACAUUCCCCGUUGUCACUGCUGCGCAACUUAGGUAUCAUCCCCAGCUGCAGCAGGCGAAUCUGUAAUAAUUCGAACCUGAAUUAGUUUUCGACUUUCACAAGUGCUCUGUAAAAGCCUAAACUGAAUAAAUAAAUUUUGAUUUGAUUUGAUUUGAAUUCACUUCAAAAAGCGGCAUCCGCUCAAUCUUGAAUUGGUAAUACGUUUCGUGCCAUAAGUGAAGUGAGUUUCGACAUGAAAUUAGAAUAGAAUAAAUGAGACUCGUAUAAUCUAUCAAUUUUGUUUUGUUACACAAGAAAUGGAAUCAAUAGAAUUUUUUCACUAAAUGACAUGAAUUCGGACAUAUGAGUGAACUUAAAUUCGGGUUCGGAUUUUUACAGAAUCGCACUAAAGCUUCUACUCGAGAAGUUCACUGCUGUUUAGCGUAACGUCCAGCGUUACGUGCUACCUAUAGUUAGAGUACUAACAUGUCCCUUGAAGGGACUCGAAAUGGCUUCCGUCGAUCUCCUUAUAGAGUCUGGGGUUGAUGCGAACGAGUUCUCUUCUUGAAGCGUUGCAAUGGUAAAAUGAAGACUUAUGUACGGAAUACCGUUAGGUACCUCAUUUCUAGGCGAUAAUAAAAUAUAGAGGAUUACUUUAUACACGUAUAGCGAUAAAGAGUUAAUAUCCCUCUCUGCAUAAACCCUAACACGGAACGUAUUCAGUGAUAUAUGCGCACGCGCAAUGAGGAAGUAUUUAAAAAAUAAUUAGUUCCCGAAAUCAAACUAGGUGUCGCUACGGUACAUUCUUGAUUGCCCCAUGUAGAAAAAUUAAAGUAAAUUAAUUUUCAAAACCCAAUAAAAUAUAAAACUCUUAUUCUAUUAGUACUUUUUCGUAUUUGUAUUGAUAUAUAAGUUUCGAAAUUUGCAAAAUUCAGUUUUUUAAUGUGUUAGAUAAAAGGAAUUGAAAUGACUAUCUUUUACAAAAAUCAACUUUUGGUAGAGUCGCCAUCUAAUGAGGUGCUAUUUAGUGCUUUAUUUUUUUUAAAUACUUCCUCAUUAACAUAAUGACAUUCGAUCAAUGUAUAGACGGAGAGCGCGUGACAAAUAAAUAUGUGUAACAAGAUUGUGACACGGGCAUCGAUUGCGCCUUUAUUAGUAAUUGUAAAUUAUAAACUUGUUUUAAAUUACGACUUUUUUUAGUUACUUUUUUGUAGUUGCGAAAGUUAUAUUAUUGAUAUAAGCAUAAACAUUCUUUAUGUGUGAUUUUAACAUUUGGGACAAAGGGUUAUAGGUACUCGUAUGUGAUCAAUCACAUACCAUUAUGAUUUAUAAAUAAAAUUAGUCAAUUACUAUUCAAUAGCUAUGUAAAUCAUAAUUCUGCAUACAUAUUUCAUGUAUUGUUGCUUUAACAUAUAAUUUUAUGCACAAAUCUGCGUCGUCCCUGUUAUUUUGUAAGAAUGGAUUUUAUAUGAAGUUAUUGCUCCUAAUUGCAAUGAAAGGGAACAAGUACAUGUGUGGAUCUUCAUUGUUUAGCCGAGAUCACAUUGUUAUGAAUGUCAAUAAAAUGAAAAUUAUGUGAAAGAAAGUUAAUAAACUGUGUACCAUUUUAUGGAAUUUGCUAUUAAUAUAUAAUUAUAUUACUAGGUUGGCCCAUGGUCAAUACUGUAUUAAAGUAAUGUUUGUAAUUGAAACCAAUUUAAUGAAAAUGUAAAUUUGAUAUUAUAGAAAAUAAAAUCAAGGUAAGUAAUUAACUUCCCUUAUGAAAAAUAUAUAUUGACAAAAAUGUGUCCUAGGUACAAGGUACAAUCUUGUUUGCAUUCUGAUUAAAUUGGUUUGUUUGAAAUGCUGUAUUGAUAAGAUUGCCUUUUAUAUGGCCUUAUUUUUCUGUGGUUUCCAUAAUUAUACGUAUAUAACAUGCUGGCUUCUGGACUUUUUCUAUUAUAUAUCCAUGUAAAACUGAUUUGUUAAUUUUGUGCAUGAAAAAUAUUUUAUUUAGAAAUGGAGGGGGAAUGAAUUUAGUUUGUUAUAUUUUGUAUAAAUAAAUUGAAGUAAUGUG